AUGUCAUCGACACCGCAGGGCAGUGCGCGGGCCCUGCGAAGACCCACAACGCCGCCAACACCACUUGACGGGGCUGCAGUUAAUACCUCAGUUUCAGUGCUAAUUGACUUAGCCAACGUACUCGUUUCGAUGAGACAGCUCGUACGCGCGGAAGCAGCUCUCCAGUCAAAAGCCGUCCCACGCUCUCAUAAGUACGGGCCUCACUCGACGGUUUUGAAGCUCUACCGAUUUCUACAGUUGCGCGACGCGCCCACGCGUACAAUGGAGUCGCUGAUCUACUGGCGGUGCGCGGCCCGCUCGGGCGCCGCGCUGGGCGGAGGCCUGGCGCUGCUCGUGGCGCUGGCCAGCUGCUCGGUGGUCUCGGUGCUGGCGUACGCGGCGCUGCUGGCCCUCGCCGCCGCCGUCGCCUUCCGCAUCUACCGCAACGUGCUGCAGGCCGUGCAGAAGACCAACGAUGGCCACCCAUUCAAGUGGCUGCUGGAGAAGGACAUCAGCGUGCCGGCGGAGCGCGCUCAGGCGCUGGCCGCCGCCGCCACCGCGCACCUCAACGCCGCCGCGCACGAGCUGCGCAGGCUGUUCCUGGUGGAGGACCUCGUGGACUCGCUGAAGUUCGGGGUGCUGCUCUGGUGCCUCACCUACGUCGGCGCCUGCUUCAACGGCAUCACGCUCAUCAUUCUCGGCUGGAUAGCGCUGUUCACGCUGCCCAAGGCGUACGAGAUGAACAAGGCGCAGGUGGACGCCAACCUGGAGCUGGCGCGCGCCAAGAUCAACGAGAUCACCGCCAAGGUGAGGGCGGCGGUGCCCUUGGGCAGGAAGGUGGAGACGGACAAGGAGAAG